CACGCGUGAUAUCGGCGUACACCCGCACGCCUCUCUUUCGCGCGAUCGGCGAACAGGACGAGACAUACAUCAGAGAACCAUCCGCGAUUUUUUUUUCGUUAUCCCUUUUUUUUUUAACAGAGCUGCAAUCUCACUCGAACAGAAAAAGGAUUUGCAGGAGAAAAACGAAAAAUUCUCCAGGGGAGAAUCCAUCUCGGAUUUAGCGGUUGGCAUGUAUACAAUAUAGCAAUCGUUACAUUUAAAUAUCGCAAUGUGGAGAACUCACCGAUCAAUUUGUGUCUUGCCAGUCGUCUGGAUAUUCAUCGUAUUGAAUUUGUUGGCCAAUGUUUCAGCGCAAACAACCUGCAAUGGUGGUUUAGGAAGGGUUGUCUACGAGAGACUUCCGGAUCAACAACUUCAGGGCUUCGACGACGAUGUGGUGCGAGACUCGGCGCCUCCGUUUAGAGUUCUGGAAAAAUGUCAAGAGCUUUGUCUGCGCGAUAGAACAGCGACGAACAACUUGGUUCGCGCGUGUACGAGCUUUGACUUUCAACCUGGCAGUAGAAUUGCGUCCUUCAGCGGGGCGGCCGAGUACGAGGAGAGUACUUGCUAUUUAACGAGGGAACAGGCACAGCCGGAGGGCAUCGGAAAUCUCAUGCUCGUACCGAACAGCGUGCAUUUUACCGAAGUGUGCCUGGCGUCUGAUAGAAUAGAGAGGGAAUGCCCAAACCGUCGUUAUGUAUUUGAGAGGCAUCCGAGGAAGAAGCUGAAACUACCCUUAACCGACAUCAAAGAAGUCAGUGCUGCGAACAGAACAGAUUGUGAGGACAGAUGUCUUAACGAGUUUAGUUUCGUCUGCCGAUCAGCGACAUACGACACUGCCUUGAGAAGCUGUUCUCUCAGUCGUUUUACGAGAAGAACUCAUCCCGAAUUAUUGGAGGAUGAUCCAAAUUCUGAUUAUUUGGAAAAUACUUGCCUCAAUGCCGAGCGACGAUGUGACGGCCUCGCUGUAUUUGUCAAAGAAGAAAAUAAACGUUUACGCGGUCCGUUUGAGGUGGAUAUUUACACAAACCUCACUUUGGACGAAUGUCAGGCGCUAUGUCUUAGGGCAGAAAAAUAUUUCUGUCGAAGCGUCGAAUUUGAUGAGCAAACUCGACAGUGUGUCAUAUCUGAGGAAGAUUCGGUUUCGCAAAAAGAUGACAUUGGCAUCAGUAGCAGUCCUAGUCAUCACUUUUACGAUCUUGUCUGCUUAGAUAACCAUCCGUCCGUAGCGCGCGGUUCGGAAUACCCGGACAGCAGCUCGACGUCGCACAUGUUCUCCGACGGUCGACGUCCUGACACGGCCUUCCAACGUUAUCGGAACUCGCGUUUGAGCGGUGAGUUCCAUUCGGAGAUUACUGGACGCAGCCUCAGCGAGUGCCUUGACGAAUGUCUCCGGCAAACAAGCUUCCAAUGCCGCAGCGCCGUUUACUCCGAGCAUUAUCACACCUGUCGAUUGAGCCGAUUUAAUCAGCGGGAUGGUCACAGGAUUAUCUACGAUGCUGAUUACGACUAUUACGAGAAUCUCAUGCAUCAAUAUCUAGACGGCGAUCGCGAUGGCCCUGGGUACAGACCGGAUCCUCUGGGACAGGAUACAAACUUUGGACGACCCUCUUUAGGAAGACCGGGAUACCCGGACGAUUAUGAUAAAGGAUAUUCCAGCAGCGUUAAACCGGAUCGUUAUCCCGAUCGCUAUCCAGAUCGUAUUCCAGAUCGUUAUCCAGAUCGAUACCCAGAUCGCUAUCCUGAUCGCUAUCCAGAUCGUUAUCCCGAUCGUCGUCCUUUAGACGACAGGUAUCCAGAUACUAAGUAUCCUGGGCAGUAUCCUUUAGGCGAAUCGGACAAUUAUCCAGAUCGAUAUCCUCUUGGAGAUCGAUAUCCCGAUAGAUAUCCCGCUGGAGACCGUUACCCUGCAGGAGAUCGUUAUCCUACAGGAGAUCGUUAUCCCACAGGAGAUCGUUAUCCUGCAGGAGAUCGUUAUCCCGCAGGAGAUCGUUAUCCCACAGCAGAUCGUUAUCCCGCAGGAGAUCGUUAUCCUUCUUCUGAUCGUUAUCCAAUUGGAGACCGUUAUCCAAUUUCGGAUCGAUAUCCAAUUUCCGAUCGAUAUCCCGUUAGAGCAGGAGAUCGUCCUCCUGUCGGCAGCGAUAGAUAUCCCUUGCCCGAUUCUGGAACACUAGAUAGAUAUCCUGCAAAUGGACGGUAUCCUGUAAUACAUGGUGUUCGCUAUCCAUCAACUCCGAGUCGAUAUCCUGUCGACGUCAGCGAUCGAUACCCAAAUAUGAUCGACCGGUAUCCUUUCUCAGAAGAUCCAUUGGAUCGAUAUCCUACGGCAUUAGGCGGCGAUCGAAUUCCAAUCGAUCGGUAUCCAGCUAGUGGCAGAUAUCCUGACAAAGAUCCUUAUGCCAAUCGCAGGUAUCCGCCGCCAGGAAUAUAUCCCGCGCACGGAUUUGUCGAUGACGUUCGCGGCCCUCAAAGCCAUGGUCCCGAGCCACGACCUCACUAUGCCCCUGGGCCUUACGGUCCAGCUGCGCGACCCACUGGAGGAUACGGAGGCUACGGCAGCGAAGGCGGUAUCGUAGGUGGUGGAUACAUAGGUGAAGGUGGUGUCUACAAUUCUCGUCCGUUUGGAACCGCCGGCGGGCCUAUCAUAGGCAGGCCUCCCUUGAUAUCCAGAUGCGACGAGCAGGAUAACUUUAGACAAGUCGGGCCUCACACUAGAGUGCGAAAGCCGUUUGUCAGACGGUAUACCACUGCCUCGUCACUAGCUCAGUGCGAGAGAGAAUGCGCCGAUGCUAGAGACUUCGUUUGCAGAUCCUUCAAUUACCGGCCCUACGCCGCGCCUUAUGGGGCUGAGAGAGACAAUUGCGAGCUCAGCGACCGAGACUCCAGGGAUAUGGACAUGGGCAACCCAGUUUAUUAUGACACGGGCUCCGAUUACGACUUCUACGAGAGGAACAACGGUCGUCAGGGCGCAGACGGAGAAUGCCUGGACGUGAGUCAAGUCUGUAGUGAAGAUGGAAUGGAAUUUACUCUGAGGACGCCGGAAGGUUUCAUUGGGCGAAUUUACACGUACGGAUACUACGAUCGAUGCUUCUUCCGCGGGAACGGCGGGACCGUGAACGUGCUUCGUAUCAGCGGACCACAGGGAUAUCCCGAGUGCGGCACACAGCGAUACGGCGAUACGAUGACGAACAUCGUGGUGGUGCAAUUUUCGGACUAUGUGCAAACCGGACGAGAUAAGCGAUUCAACCUGACGUGCCUAUUUCGAGGACCUGGUGAGGCUGUCGUCACGUCCGGCUACAUCGGUGCCGGGUAUGCCAGAUCAGGGUCUCCCAUCCCUAUUGAAUAUCUCCCAGCGGAAAAUACCUUAAGUUCCAAAGUACGCUUGAUGAUUCUCUAUCAAGGUAGACCUACGACUACUAUCGCUGUUGGUGACCCUCUUACUUUCAGACUCGAAGCUCAAGACGGAUACAAUUACGUAACAGAUAUAUUUGCUACCAAUGUUAUUGCAAGAGAUCCCUACUCUGGUAGAAGCGUUCAACUGAUAGACAGAUACGGCUGUCCAGUAGACAACUACGUGUUUCCGGGAUUGGAUCGCCUUCGUGACGGCGACAGCCUUGAGGCCCGCUUUAACGCCUUCAAAAUACCCGAAUCAAAUUUCCUGGUGUUCGAAGCGAACGUACGAACGUGCCGUGACGGCUGCCAACCGGCAUAUUGCUCUGGUGGUACCGGUAGAAGCGAACCGUCCUUCGGCAGACGACGAAGGGACGUUAAUAAUGAUACGGUAGUAGAUGAAGACGAAAUGUCGCCGAUAACCGUGACGGACGGUGACACCGAGAACGCAUCGGCGACGAUCUUUAACGCGACCGGCAUCGCGGACGAUGAGUCCAAGAACGAAGAGGACGAAGAAGAGGAAGAAGAGGAAGAGCAUGUCAGAGAAAUGAUAGAGGUUCUCGAUUCGAGAAUGGACAUCGAAGAUGAAACUGUCGUUGAAAGACAAACUAAGAUCCCGGAAAAUAUUUGUAUAACUCAAAACGAAUAUUACGGAUUAGUUACAGCAGUAGGAAUCCUCGUCGUUCUCUUGGCGUCCGUCGUUCUUUUGUCUAUGCUUGUUUACAGAAAAUACGUUUAUUCCGUGAUCAUGAAAAAUCGUAGACUCGACAAAACCUGCAACCGUAGCAGCCAUUCCGAUGAGCCAUACAGCAGCCGAGUCAACAACUUUUCUUUCAUGAGGUCAGGUCUUCAAAAACCAUUUCAAGCCUCAUCGAUCUCGAGAUCAAUGAGCAAUGCCAUCAGCCAACGUUUCGCAUCAUCAUCUACUGCUCUGGAAGGUGCUGUGGGAUUAUCUACAGGACGACGUAGCGGUUUCGAUCCGAGCGAACCGAUCUACACCGAUCCCUCGCUCUUCGAAGUCACCCGUUGCUCCAACACUACGAAAUCGGUUCUCAACGACAACUUUCAUCUUAUGUAGAACAAAUACUCAAGAAGAUCGAUCUUAAAAUUGCAUAUACAUAUUCUCGCUCUAUUUAUUUACUUUAACGAACGUAUGCGAAACCAACUCUAAUCCGCGAAAUUCAGUAUCCAUUACGACUUAUUCUAACACUAGUCAAUAACAACAUUCACUGCCAAUUCCAUUGCUGACGAUUACCAAACAUUUAUCGGUUCUUUAAAUGAAUUUCAAAUAUAAUCUAGAUCGAUUUUCAUUAUCUUAACUAACAGAUAAUUUAAUUUAGAAUCCAUAUUUAUAUACGUAACAUUAACACUAAUAACCGCGAAGUUAAAGAUAUCGCUUUACAAAGCCAUUCUUUAAAAAUGCUUCAAAAAUAUCAUAUGUCACUUUUUUCAGAUAGCAUUUUAUAAUGACUGCAAAAUAGCUUGUGAGAAUAUUUUAAGACGCACGCGCAAAACUCAUAGUAGUACAUUUAAUUCUGCGACAAUAUGAUAAAAUAAUAAAUUUAUUGAACGUGA